CUCAACUCAUUGUGAAUGUUGAUAAUCUGACGUAAAGAACAAGCACGGUUUGACAGCGCAAUCAAAGUCUACAGAAAAACAUUAGGGCAAAGUUGGAACAAAGUAGCAAAAAUGUAUGCCAUAACUCGUUCACUUAUUCGUUCAUCUGCCCUCCGACAGGGGAUUCAAAAGAUGCAAAUUGCUGCUCCAGCUCGUCAAGUAUCGUUGAAAGUGGUUCCAGCUGCAGAAGCGAUUCAGGCGGAGACAUUUGACGAGAAAAAUCAACGUCUGGGACGUGAAUUGUCCCCACAUUUAACUAUUUAUAAACCACAGUUGACAUCGAUGCUUUCCAUCACCCAUCGCGGUACAGGCUUUGCUCUAACUGGCUAUGCUUGGGCUUUAGGCUUGGGUGCAUUGAUGUCUUCACAUGAUAUUUCGCACUACGUUACUAUUAUUGAGGGCCUGCACUUAGGUUCUGCCACACUGGUUGCACUUAAGUUUGCUUUGGCAUUUCCAUUGGCUUUCCAUUCUUGUUGCGGUGUCCGCCAUUUGCUAUGGGAUACGGGCCGUUUUCUGAAAAUUACUGAAGUUUAUUUGACUGGUUAUGUAACACUUGGAAUUAGCAUCGUACUCUCAGCUAUUUUAGCAUGUUUGUGAAUGCAUUUUAUUGUGUACGUAACCAAAUGAAAUGGCGAUUUUUGAACGUUUAUAUAUUGAUUUUGAAUUAAAGUGCGGUCAACUAGAUUGUUAGGAAAUAUUGGAAAUUUAAAGUGAUUUGAAUGGAAAUAAACAGAAAAUAGAUAGAUGUACAUAGUACAUAUAU